GCAGCGUGAAAUUGACUCGUAAUGAAAGCACGACACAUUAUUGAUUCAACAAUUCAUCCUUUGACUUCCUGUUUGACACAUUAUUUAUGCUUUCACUUUUUUGUCCCCAGUCUCAUUUCCAGAUCGGCACUGUUUGCACCCACUCACUCACUCACUUUUAAUUUUUAUAUCCACAUUUUCCACACCUUUAAAAUGGACGUUCCUUCAAACGAAAAUCGUACCAAGGAAGUUUUAGAUUUCCUCCUAAGUUCAUAUCGAGCAAAAAUGGCGUUACAAAAUCCUACAGAAAAUUGCCCCUUCGACUUUCAACAAUUUCUUGCAACGUGGAAAGGAAAAUAUCCGGACUGGGCAACGUUAAAGGCGACCAUGAAGAAAGACUUGGAACCUUUAUUGCAACAAGGAAUAUUUGACUCUAUAAUUCCUUACUUGGCAGCGUCAAUCAACCAAUCUGCAGCUCGUCGAGAUAACAGCAAUACUAAUCUGCAGGACUUAUCACAUCUUCUUGAACGGAGGGACAGUAACAGUGGAAUAAUUAGCACGGAACUAUUCGCACUGACGCCAACAUCCAAAUCUAAAAGAAAUCCUGAUAUUCUUACCAAGAGAUCACCUGACCUUCAGAUUGGAGACGAAGAAACAUGCGAAAUUGUGAUCCAUGUUUGUGACGAAGCUAAAAAUUUGAAACAGGAUUUUAAAUGUGUUCAAUCAGUCCUUGUCCAAGAAAUGGGAUACUUCUCAAAAGUGACCGUUCGUGGACAGAAACUUAAAGAUAUGGACAUUUCCGUUCAUUGUGACAUAGCCGUUUUUGACUGGUUAAUGAAAUGGGUCAAGUCUAAAAUUGAUCAAGAUGGUGGUGGCGAAGCAAAUUCUGCUGCUCCAACAUUGGAAUCAUCAAACGUCAUUGGACUCAUGGUCUCUGCCGAAUUCUUACAAAUGCCUACUCUCACCUCUGAAUGCAUUCAAUUUACAGCCGAAAAUAUUGAAGAGGUGAUCCUCACCUCGCCAAAUUUAGGCUGUCUCAACGAAUCGCUUACCAAUCGACUUAGCACUUACUUUGACAAUAUCGAAAUGGAAACUAAAAUUGCAAGGAUUGAUACCAACGACAGAAUAACUUCUCGACUGUAUACUCAAUUUACAAUGUCGCUUAACGAGCCUUCCGAUUUAGCGAAAGAUGAGAAGGGUAAAACUUGUCCGAGGGGUCACUUCGCCUCCACAGUGACCUUAUUUAAAUGCAAUACGUGUGGAAGAUUGCUCAUCAACGAGGUCGCAUCUCGAGUCCCUUGCACCUCGAUGAGAUUAGAUUGUCGAGGACGACUAUACUCUACGCAUGUCAAAGAUUUGAAUUGGUCACUCAGCAAUUACAUCAGAGAUUUGAAACGGGAGUUGAAAUCGUGGCGGAAAGUUUAUUGGAGGCUAUGGGGCACCGUUCACUUCCUGCCAUGUUCCAGUUGCGAGUUAACAUUCCCCUUAAAAGACUUCGCUUCGUGUCAAUUUCACCCAAAAUUACCACAACUUCAAGUCAGCGUUCUUGCUGCUACGGGUGAAAUUCAAGAAAGGGAUUUAUUCGACUCGGCAGAUGUUCUGGUCGGGAGGAAAGAUGACAUCAAAACUAAAGAAUCGCCACCGGAAGAAUUCAUCAAUCCGUUCAGACGCCAAAGAGAGAAAAAGGGAAAAGUUGAACAAGAGGAGGAUCUGGAAACUAUUAAUUGUGCUUUUGGAGUUUAUCCAUGUUGUCGAAAACCGGGCUACAAGUUUUACCCGUUACCAUCAACAAAUGGCUGCCAAUUUCGCGAUCACAACGUUUCUACCACCACGGCAGAACAAAUCAUGCAACGUCUCACCAUGUUCAGGGACUUAAUUGUCGUUCCUCCGCCUAAAGAUAAGCGAGAAGAAGCUUUAUCCAAGAAAGGGACGCAUUUCGAGUGGGGUUCAAUUGUAGAUUUGACCCCAUUUAAACCGAUAUCCUCGUCUAGUCUAAACCUCACACACAGAUAUCCAACUAAUCGUCACCUUAAUCCUGAUCACCCCAGCUCCACAGAGGAGUCCAAUCAUUCAAAUUCUUUCAGUGAUACGGAAGAAAAUAAUAGUGCUGAAGUUGGAGGAAGUCAUUUAGGACAAAGUAAUAAUACGAGUAAUACUCGUCCAAAUACUCGGAGUGGUCAAGUCGUAUCGGAAUUUUGGAGUUGGAAUAGCGAUUUCACAACGAGAUACAACCAAGACAUGCAGCGAGAAAAGGAGGAAAAACUAAUGUCCGAUUUAGAACUCUUACUGUCUCAAAGGGUGUCUCUUGAACCGACGUCGUCUGCAGCAGGAUCCUCGAUGAGAUUUGGAUAUUUGAGUAGAAGAACGCCCAAGAACUUGGGCGGAUCGUUUAUGAAGUUGGAGGAGAAGUGGAGAGAGCUGCAGAAGGGAGGAGGAGGAGCAAAAGGUCAAACUCAAACUCAGAGGACGGCUACUGCAAAAUCAGCAAAAUCUUAAAUUUUCGUUUCAAGCUCAAACUGCUGAACUGCUCCACAAAAUUAAAAUAAAUAAAAAAUUCUAAUUUUAUAAUUAGUAAAGUAAAUUAUUUCAUCAUUAGUGUAUAAUUAUUAUAAAAUUUCAUUUAUAAAUUGGAGAAUGUAAUUUUCGAGCUCAAAUAAUUUAUGUGAAAUCGUUUUCGUUUGACACGGGUUUCGUUUAGUUUCUGUCCUAAAGAACAGAUUUCGAUUUAGAGUCUUUGGCGUGAGAAAAACUACAAUGAAUAAUUUCGAGAGAGGAAGAGAAUCGCUGCUUCAGGCCCUUGCCAUAAUGCGGAAUGAAGAAGAACACAAAAGAAAAUAUGGAGGCGUGUCUGAAAUAUUGAACAACCGAAGGGAGACUUCAGUAGCAGUGCUGAGUGAUAUGAUUGUUCGAAUGAAACGAGAAAUUGAUGGGAAGAAUAAAUGUGUUAAAUUUUUCGAGGAUAUUGCUGGAUGGUGGAAAGAUGUUCAAGAUGAGAGACAGAGAAUGUAUCAAAGAAUUAAGGAUUUGGAACAAGUAAUUUCUAUUUAUGUUUAUUAAAUAGAUCCAACACCUAUACAUAAUUUAGGAAAAUGCCGAUUUGCAAAAGAAGUUGGGAGGAGGUACAUCAUCGAUAUCAUCAUACAACUGGAAUCCCAAAGACAACAAAUCUCCAGGAAUAGAUGAUAACUUUAGCACAAUG